AUGUCGGCCAAAAUCACGACUCAGCUUGGUGAAGCAGUGCCACCGGCGCCGCGCCAUUCGGUCACUGUUCACAUGGGCAGCAGCUGGGAGAUUGUCGAGAGAUAUGGCGGAGACUCUGCUUCGAUGCUUCCUCUUUUUAAAAAUGCGUAUCCACGCAUGAAGCCCCAUCGGGAUAUUGCCCAGUCUGCGAAAGAAUGCGUCGAAUAUUCCACGUCUGACAAGCGAGACAAUGGGCGCGACAAGCGACCGGUUCCCCGAGAACAGAUUGCAAUCCGAGCGUUUGCCGCCGAGGACCGCUUCUAUGCUGUGAUCUUUCCGAUCGAUCAUUGCGCUGUCGUGUCUGGCUUCUGGCGCACCCCCGGCGCGAACGUCUCAUCUCGAUUUGCGGAAGCCAAUCUCAACUGCUUCGAUUUACUUGAGGAGGUGCCCACAACCAAGGACAGGCAUGCCAACACAAAGUUUGAAGGCCCGGCACAUCGGACAUUGCGGGAAAGGAUCAUAUCGCAUCUUGAACGGGCGCCUCUGAAUCCUCGUCCGCAGCAGCGGCCUUCCCCCCAAGACGUCUACCUCUACCCGACCGGCAUGGCUUCCAUCUACAAGCCCCACACUUACAUGCUCGAUUACUACCAGGGCACGACUGUCCUCUUCGGCAUGGCGUUUAUGAACACGGUCACGGUAUUUGAGGAAUUCGGUCCUGGAUACAAGUUCUUUGGGAACGGCUCGGACGAGGAUCUUGACGACCUCGAAGCCUUCCUCUGCGAGGAGUGUGGCCGCGGCCGAAAGGUGCAGGCGAUCUGGCUAGAGUUCCCAGCAAACCCGCUCCUCGUCGCACCUAAUCUUGGGAGGCUCCGGAAUCUGGCGGACAAGUUCAAUGUCGUGCUUGGGAUUGAUGACACAGUCGGAAGUUGGGCCAACAUCGACGUCACGGCCGUGGCGGAUAUCCUCGUCACAUCGCUUACCAAAACCUUCAACGGCAACGCGGAUGCGAUUGGGGGAAGCGCAAUCCUCAACCCUGCUUCGCCAAAAUAUUGCGAAUUGAAACGGAUAUUUGAUCAGCACUAUGCUCCUGAGGUGUAUAUAGACGACGCCGAGGCCAUGGAGCGGAAUAGCCGUGACUAUCUCUUUCGCACAGCCAAGUCAAAUGCGAAUGCGAACAAGCUCGUGAACUAUCUUCAUGCCUGCGCUCAAGACCCCAACAGUGCCGUUCGCCAAGUUCACUACCCGUCAGUCAACCCCUCGGGGGCACACUACAAACGCUAUCUUCGCCCGGCCACGGCCGACUUCGUGCCCGGGCACGGUUGUCUUUUCAGCGUCGAGCUGGAUGACCUGGCGACGACGCGGGCAUUUUACGAGAAUCUAAACGUUCACAAGGGGGUCCAUUUUGGGGCACCUUUUACGCUCGCGUUUGCGUAUACGAUGUGCACGUAUAAGAAGAGGUUGCCCUGGGCUGCCAAAUACGGGCUGAGGCCGACGCAGAUCAGGAUUGCGGUUGGCCUUGAGGAAAUCGAGGUGCUGCUGGAGGAUUUUAGAAUCGCCACAUCCGAGGGAGCUAAGCGCCCUGUGCGGGGGCUCAACGCCCUCCUGAAGACGCAGCAACGCGCCCUGGAAAAGACCACCCAGAAGCAACGCUCCCCGUCGAAGCCAGCCAUCUCGCAGGCCCAGUAUUCCGGCAUCAAGAGCUGCUGUUGGGAGGACAGAUGGUCUGUCGUCAAGAAAUGCCGCGGUCUUAUCGCCAUCAACAAGGACUUUCCGCGGAGCCCCCGGCUGCCUGUUGCUCCCGACGCCGGAUGGUUGGCCUACAAGGACCAGCCUUUCCAGGAGAGACCCGUUACUGUGGAUGCCGUGGUCGAUAGCGGCGCCACAUGGGUCAAGUUCGUGUCUAUUUCAUCCAAGACGCUCGAAUACCAAGUGGUGGCCGAAGGGUGGGCGAGCGAGCCGGAGGACGAGGACGGCGAUGGCGAAGGGGACGCAGAUGAAGGACUCGGACACACCGAGUUUGCCGACACGGUCAAGAAGAUCAUCCGAGCAGCCCGGUGGAACCACUGCCACCAUGUGCACUUGGUCUUACCGGGACUCCAAGAAGGAAAAUCAGAAUCGGUCGACAGGAUGAUCCGCUAUGUCCGGGACAAGAUCGGGGGAACAGACGUAUCAGUGCGCGUCAGCUGUGCCGGCAGCGCAUUCCUCACCGAAACCCCGCCUCCGGUCGACAGCGCUGUCAGCGCCCUCAUCGAAGACCGGGACCCGCUCGUCAGCGACGACUGCGGCUGCCUAACGGAGACGGUCAACCUCGACCCGAGCGUGCUCGUAGCGCUCGUCACCGAUCUGCACCACGGCCCCGUCCCGCUGCAGCCAGAGGCCCAGCAGCACAUCAUCGCCCGGUCCCUCCUCGACCACGAAACCGACAACAACGAGCUCGUCGCGCGGCAGGACAUCCUCCCGGCCGUGCUGUACCCCGCCCUGCGCGGCCGCCGGCUCGUCUGCACCCGCUCCGCGGUCGCCUACUUCCGCAAGCUCAUCGCCGCCAUCGCCACCCACUCCGAAGAGACCCGCGCCUCCUUCAUCCUCCCCCCAGACUCCGACCCCUCCAACCCAACCCCCUCCCCUACGGUGACGGGGCAUCGGGGGAUCGAGAGGCAGGUGCGGUUGGCGUUGGCGAGGCAUUGGAAUGGUAGGGAAGGGGGUGGGGAUGAGGUGCCGCCGGAUAUUUGGCAUCGGCAUUUGGGCGGGUAUUUGGUGCAUCGCGAUAAGCCGAAGGAUUGGCGGGCGAUGGUGCCGGCUGAGGAUGGGGGGGAGGCGGUGGUGCCGUGGGAGGUGGCGCGGUGGACGAAUCCGUGGACGACGUGGGGAAGGGGGAUCAGUACGUAUGGACUGCCGGAUACGAGGACGUGGGAGGGGGUGGGGCAUGGUGAGAAGACGGCUUAUGGGAGGAAGGUUGCGAGGAGGGAGGCGAGGGAGGUGAUGGUGGUGGGGGAAGGGGAGGAGGGGGAGGAGGAGCAGUCGUGA